AUGGAAACUCCAUCGGAUGUGGAUUGGGUGCAAUUACGAAUUGACAUGGGAAGUGUGGACGAAGAAGAUUUUAAAACAAAAUUUAAGCGUAAAAUUUUUGGCAAUCCUUUGGUGCCGAUAGUAGGAGCGGCAGCGACGUCAAUAGCUUUGAUAACUGGUCUAGCAUAUCUGAGGGUUGGAAACAGCGCGAUGCAGCAAAUUAUGAUGAGGUCUAGGGUAUCUGCUCAGGGUUUCACACCAACUGGUACUACUGAUGCUGGUGCUAGUGGUUGUAAAAGUGAUACUGGUGGAGGUGGAAGAGUUAGGACACGGGUAACUCUCUUAGAGAAGAGGUUACAGGCUCAUCACUGUGGGAAAUCGAGUGGCUGGUUGGUUGGUUGGUUGGUUGGUACCUGGUACGGAAAGUAG